GCACCCUGCCCCACCCCGCCAACAAGAAGAUAGCUUUCUAAUCUGCUCCUAAUGAACUGGGGGAAAAUCUUAUCUUUUCAAGUUCCCAUUCUUUGACUGGCUCUUAUAUUUCAGAGAAGUUUGCAAAAGAUGUCUCUGGCGCUUCAUUCCUGGUUUCUAAGGCAAUGUUUGCUAUGUCACCACAUGAGCAGUUAUCUUCAAAACAGGCCUGAAAUGCCAGUUACUACCACACAUAAACAUGCAGCAAAUGCUGCUCUGUGUGUGCUUCUCUAGCUAUGGUUCAUUUCCUUCCCAUUAUGUUGCAUUGUUUACGGAGUAGUUUCUUGCACUGGCUGAUCUUUUGUGUGCUAAUGUAACGAAAGAUCCCCAUUGUCAUGCACAGGAGGGCAGAGUUAACGUUGCUGUGGAAACCUUAACUCUGAAUUCCUUGACGGGUGGACACUUAAACUCACCCUGGAUGAGUUUGGUGAGGAACUUGACACUGGUAACAGAUGCCCCAGAGGCGGCCUACCCAUCUCAGCCGUUUAUUUGGAGUAAAUUUGAAAAUGCCUUCACUGCUACUUCUGGCCUUAUCUUGUAUGCACCUGUGUUCAAGGCCUAUUUCUAUCGGGCACUGUUGGAGCUCUAUGAAGAUAAUAUUCAGUACGCUGAGAUAAGAGCUAGACUUCCACCGGUAUAUGAGCUGGAUGGAACUGAACAUAACAAGUCCUGGUCUGUAGCCACUUAUCGAGAUGUGACUCGGCAAUUUGUCAAAGACCACCCUGAUUUUAUUGGCACAAAGAUUAUAUACUCAGAACACAGAAAGCAGAACAUUUCCAAAAUUAAAGAAGCUGUCUAUACAGCCAUGGCACUCAGAACUGAGUUUCCGGACACUGUGGCAGGAUUUGAUCUGAUUGGCUGGGAGGAUGCAGGAUACUCUCUCUGGGAACUAAAGGAUGCCUUGACUAUUCCACAAUCUCUAGGAAAAGAAUUGCCAUACUACUUCCAUGCAGGAGAAACUGUCUGGCAGGGCACCCCAGCAGAUGAAGAUGUGUUGGAUGCUCUGCUAUUCAACACUAGCCGGAUUGGCCAUGGAUUUUCCCUUGCCAAGCAUCCAGUGGCUAGGAAUUUGGCUCUGAAGAGGAAUAUUGCUAUAGAAGUCUCCCCUAUUUCUAAUCAGGUCCUAAUGUUGGUAUCAGACCUGAGGAACCAUCCUGCUGCUAUCCUGAUGUCAGAGGGUCACCGCAUUGUUGUUAGCUCAGAUGAUCCAUCAAUGUUUGGAUCAAAAGGUGUAUCCUAUGACUUCUACGAGAUGUUUAUGGGCAUAGGAGGGAUGAGCUCUGAUCUGAGAACUUUAAAACAACUGGUACUAAACUCUCUAGAAUGCAGUGCCAUGCUGCCAGAUGAGAAAGCCAAGGCAAUGCAGAUCUGGCAGGAAAAGUGGAACCAGUUCAUCUCUCUGAUCUCCAACACUCUUCUAGCUAGCUGUUAGAAGGAAGAGGCCCUUGUCUCUUGAGCCUGCAGCAAGUAGUAGUUAGCGGCAUAGCAGGAAUCCUUUGCCUUGUCCCAGAACUAUGGUCUUGGUAUUUCGAUCAGGUACUUUGGCUCAUUACUAACAGCAAAGCAGUCCUCUUGUCCUCUGUAUGCUUCAGUACAUGAGCAAAGUGUCCUCUUAAUUAUACUGCAAAUGAUAAAAGGUUGAAUUCAAAAUGCACUACUUAAAGGUGGAACUAGAAGUGCUUGAACUCCCUUGGCGUUUGCAGCCCUGCCUCUUUCUCUUCACCUGAGGAUACUUAACACAGGUUAGGUACCUUAGCCCCAAUGAUUCAAUGUCUGUGGUGAUGUUGCCUUAUAAAAUGUGCCAUAGCAGCUUGCAUAAGACACACCGGUGCCCCUCCCCACAAGACAUGGAAUGUUCUUUUUAAAAAUAAUCCACAUACCAGAGAUAUCACCCAAUUUAAAUAAAUUAAGUUUUGAUUAAAUUUGCAUACACACUCAUGAGAGGCCCUUUCAUGGGAGUGUGAGCCCACUGGGCUGCAAGCUGCUUGCAGCUUUGAAGGAGGCCAUGGGGGAACUCCUGCUUGGAUCCAAACUACUCAUUCAUGGCAAUGCAAGCUAAAGAGCUGUGCUUCCAACCAAAUGUAUCUUAAAAGGUACUCAUGUCAGAGUGUAAUUCCAAUUGGAACCAUGGUGUUGUAUGGAGAGUAGGCAAACUUUCCUCUUGCAUCAUUUCCCCAUAGAAGACUAUUAGAAGUCUCCCCCAAUCCCAAAGCAGCUAUUUGAGAAAAUAGCUGCUUCCGAGACAAAUCAUUGGUUCAAGGGGUGGAUGAUUUUAAUGGGAAAAUGGCACAAGGGGAAAAAAGUUAACCUUUCUCCUCUCUGUAUGCUGUUAUCUCAACUAGGACUGCCCUGCCAAGGCUGUUUUUGAGAAGAGGCAUUUCCAGUUGGAAACAUGCCUUCCAAUUAAUGUGUGGUUUGGCCUUUAAAAAGCCAUCACUUGACCCAACUGAUCUAAAACAGCAUUUCCCAGCCAGUAUGCCACCACACCACACUAGCGUGCCACAGGACACUGGUCAGUGCACCAUGCUGACUUGACCCAUAAUGCACCAGGAAAGAUGCAUCCCUCAUGCUGCAUAAGGGUGAGUCAGCUCCAAAAGUGGACAGUCCAAAUCCUCUGGUUUUGGAGCUGUCUUGCUCCCUGAGGGUGACUUUUUAAACUGUUAACCGCAUUAGUUUUGUGUUUGUUUUCAUUGAAUUGGUUUUUAUCUGCCCUGGGAUCUUAGGAUGAAAGGUGGUAUAUAAAUAUAAAAUAAAUAAGUUUGUGCCAGCAGCAAUGCAUGUUGAUGGGCUGGAAGAGGAAGGAAGAGAAAAUAAAUUCGUAUCAUGCAGCAGCUUUGCUGCCACACAGAAAGCAUUACUGUGGUGGUGGUAGGAUUAACAGAAGUGUGCCUUGGGAUGAAAAAGGUUGUGAAACACCAAUCUAAACAACUGCUGUGUUUCACAUCUUUUGGGGGGCUACAUAUUUGUAUAUGUGGUGCUGAACCAGCCUCAAAUUUUCUUGAUUGAAACAGAUUGUGUAGAUCUUUUCAUUCUGGUUUCCAGCCUGAUUGUAGGACUGAAAAUGCCUUGGUUUAAAUCGCUAGCUGGGAUGGGCUCAGGAGGCCCUGUUUGGAGAUAUCUUCCUGGUGGACAGUUCUCAGGUGUGCUGGGAGAACUGCUGCUCUGCCUGCGUGGCCUUUUGCAUAUGUCACUGUGAAUACACUUAUUAGCUAAAAUCUUAAGCACACUAUACUGAAAUGGAUAUAAUCUUCAAACUUUGCUAAUGAAAACUCAAUCUCUUUGAAGUAAUAAAGAUAUUACAAAUUCAUGUUUGUGGUGUUUGUCUGCAAACUGAC